AAGUCGAGUGCAGUUGUGUGGAAGUGAAAGAGAAGCCAAAAAAACAGAAGGAGCCAUCUACGGCAACAGAAAGUGUUAAAUACACUUCCCAAUAUUAACUGUUUCAGUCGAGGUCGUGGUUAUUCUACAUUUUUUUGGAGUUUCCGUAGUUUUCAGCACUUUGCAGAUGAAAAUUUAAUGAGAUUCGGAUUGUGCAAUGCGUAACUGAUUAUUAUAUAACUCGUACAAUUGGACAUAGUUUAAGUAUUCAAGAAGGUCUUUUUGUUGCAAAUAAAGUUGAAAAGACAGCGAAAUUCAGGCUGCGUCAAAAAGCCGGCAAAAUUCGAAAAAUAUUUUUGCACUAGCGGAAUUUUGACAGGCGAAAAAACAACAACUACUUUAACGAAAAGAGCAACAAAAAGUUUCGCAGCAAAAGAGCUAUUGAAGAGAUAAAAUAGAAAAUCAAGAGUGCCGCCGGCAAAGUGCGAAUUUAUAAAUAAAACCAGUGGGUAGCAAGAGAUCCGGAGUCUCUUCGGAAGAGUACGGGUAAACAACGCGAUGCCGGAGCCACGGGGACUGGUCUUUUCGAUGCCGGAGACAAAGGCGAAGGCGCCGGUGAUUAAGAUGUCCUGCGGCAUCGGCGACACCGAUGGCUAUCCCGCCUUCGACGUCGACUCCGAUGCAUAUGCCACCAAGGACGACAGCAAAUGGGGAUUUCUAAUCACCGGCGGAGCCGAGUUCCACAUGCCGCUGACAGUUUUCCAGGUGACCCCCAACGGUUUGGCCGACAAAGCGGGCAUUCGCCUGGGCGACAUCAUACUCGAGAUUAACGAGGAGGACGCCACGCAGCUGACACUUUCCCAGGCCCACGAGAAAAUCAACUCGACGCCCAAGAAGAUACAUUUCCUGCUGCGCAACAUGGACGAGGACGAUCCCAUGGGCCAGUUCGAGGCCGGAGAGGAGAAGUCGAUUGUGAUGCGGGUGCCAAAGCCUCUGCCGCCGCCCAGUGGACGCAUUCGAGCCAGCUCCAUCGAGAUGCGCUUGCUGGAGAUGCAGCGAAAGCUGUCGGCCAUAGCCGAAAUACCCAAGAUCCUGUGCUCCACGCUGGCCACCGUUUCGCAAAGCUUUGGCCGAAUGAGUGAGUCGGAGGUCGAUGAGGGCGAGGACGAGGACGAGGAGGCCUAUGUGCAGCGAAAGUUUUCCUAUGACGAGGAUGCCCUUGACUUCGAGCUGAGGGAUGGAGAUCUGGCAGGUGACACUGAAAGUGACGAAGAUGAUUUGGUGCAGGUUCAGGUGGAUGAUGAUGAACUGGAGGUGGGAGAUGCCCCCAAAGGUGGCAAGCAAUCAAAGCAGCUGAAGGAUGUCACGCCGGAAUCGGAUUAUGCAUCGGAAGCCAAUUAUCCGGCAAAUGAGGCGAGUGAUGACACGGAAUCCGAAGGUGAGGAUGAGUCGGGCAGCGCUGUGUAUUUUAUGAAAUUGCCAGCGGCACCAGCCGAGGAUACCAGUUCCUCGUCGGAGGACGAAGAUGACAGCGACUUCUUGAACACCACCUACACCUGGAAUCUCCGCAAUGUGCCAAAGUUGCGCGUUAACGAUGCCGAGGCCGAGGGCGAACUGACUGUGGGAAACCAAGCGAAGGAGGCGCCUCAGGGGCAGCAGCCGAUGAAGAAGGAUGCAUUCUUGGAGGCGGAGCCAACAAAGGUGCGCCCAGCCACGCCCACACCGCAGGCACCGCCUCAAGAUUCCGCCGAGGGACAGACACAAAAGUUGCUUUUUAGGCUGGAUAAGCUGGAGCGAUCUUGGCCCUGGGCGGACCGUGAGAAAAUUAUUUACAAGCAAUCGACGUGCCAUUUGGUGGCGCGGAAGCCGCUGGGAUUGGUGGGACAGCGAAUGCAACUGCUGCUCAAGGACAAAAGCGAGUGAACCAGCGGGGGGAGGAAGGAGUCGAACCCACGUUAAACAGUUCCUGCCAUUAGCUUAAGUCUAACCUCUGAGGGGGACAAACCGACAACGAAGGGUGUGCUAGAAGUGGCCAACUUUUAAUUGAGUUCAUUAUGCAAAUACAUAGGCGACAAGAGCAGCCUCAACUCCAGGCAGCACUUCAAUUAAAAGCCGCACACCAGGGCGUAUACAAAACUCUAUUCAAACACACUUCACACCACACCCACCCUUUUACCCGGGUAAAAUUUUUAAUUAAAAUGCACUCUCCCGUAUGCCAAAAAAUCACAGCCAAGUCAAACGCAACCAGAGUCAAAAUCGAGACAAAACCAAACUCAGUUCCAGCUCUCCAACUGCCAUUUUCCACUUGCCACUUGGCCAGGUUUAUGCAUUAUUUGUGACCUACCGCACCACACCAUAAAUUCCAGUUGAAGGCCAACGCAAUGCACUUAUCCCUCCGACAACAGGACGUGCGAGUCACGCAGGAUACGACAACGGGCGAUGACGAUGUCGGAAAAAUUUUCUUCGUUUUUACCCCUGUUUUUAGGGCUUUUUACUCUUGCAACGGAAAGUAUCACUACGAGAUCAGCUAAGCGAGGUUUAUCACACUAAAUCUUACAAUUUCUUUAAAUUUCUAUUUGAGAAAAUGUUAUUUUGCUCAUUAAUCAAUUAAACACUUUAAUAUCAAUUGAAUUAACAUCAAAAUUGUUUUGAAAAAAAAGCUCUACAUUUAAUAAUCAAUGCCGAAAUUUUUCUUUGAAAAAAAUCCAUUAGUGGAUGCAAUUUUCUAGGUAGGUCAUUGCUUACUUUUGAAGUUCUUAGUAGUAUCUAGAAUGGAUGUAAUAAAAAGAGCU